AUGUAUCUUAAAAAUGAAUCUGUAGUGACUGAAUUUAUCUUACUUGGAUUUUCUGGAAGAUGGGAACUUCGUAUAUUCUUCUUUUUUACUUUCUCCUUGAUCUAUAGUGCUACCGUGUUGGGAAAUAUUCUCAUUAUGGUUACAGUAACAGUUAGCUCCACCCUUCAUUCUCCUAUGUACUUCCUACUUGGAAACCUCUCCUUUUUGGACAUGUGUCUCUCCACUGUCACCACACCCAAGAUGAUCGCAGGCUUGCUCACUGAAAACAAGACCAUCUCCAUAUGGGGCUGCAUGGCCCAGAUGUUCUUUAUGCACUUUUUUGGGGGGGCUGAAAUGACUCUUUUGAUAGCCAUGGCCUUUGACAGAUAUGUGGCCAUAUGUAAACCCCUGAACUACAGGACAGUCAUGAGCCACAGGUUGCUUAAUGGGUUUGUGAUACUUUCAUGGACAAUUGGUUUUGUACACACCAUGAGCCAGAUGGUAUUAAUUGUGAACUUGCCUUUCUGUGGCCCCAAUGUUGUAGACAAUAUAUUUUGUGACCUUCCCCUUGUGAUUAAGCUUGCUUGUAUCAAAACAUAUACCUUGGAAUUAUUUGUCAUUGCUGACAGUGGGUUGCUCUCAUUUAUCUGUUUCAUUCUUCUGCUUGUCUCCUACGCUGUCAUCCUGGUCACUGUAUGGCGAAGAUCAUCUGAAGGGCUCUCCAAGGCUCUGUCCACAUUGUCUGCACACAUCAUUGUAGUCACUCUCUUCUUUGGACCUUGUAUUUUUAUCUAUGCCUGGCCAUUCAAUAGUUUUGCAGGCAGCAAUAUCCUUUCUGUGUUUUACACUGUUAUUACACCCUUACUGAAUCCUAUUAUUUACACCCUGAGAAAUCAGAAAAUGCAAGGCACCAUGAGAAAACUGUGGUUCCUACUUGUUAGCUCCACACAAAACUAG